CUGUCACUGGUGGCCCCUCCCCAGCCCCAGCAUAGAAGAAAGAGUGGGCCUCUGCUUAAAUAUCACUGGUUCAGAGGGCUUCCAUGGACUGACUACGUACAGACUGUCAGCCUGUGAUAAGCAUGACUGUCCAGCAGGAGUUCAAGACAAUUCAUAUAAACACCUUGUUUCCAACAACCACACUGAACAAAGGUCACAGAGAAGUGGCCCAGCUCUCCAGCAGUUACAAUAGACUUGGGGAGAGAAAAUGAAUGCAUAGUAAAGACACAAACAACAGACUACAAUUUAGAAUUAUGAAGGACUAAAUAUCAAAGGAGAGAACAGACUCCCAGGCGGUCAGAACUGUGGAGUAGAACAGACAACCAAGACUGUCAGGCAUGGUCAAGAGCAAGGGCAAGAUCUUGAGUCUGCCAUAGAGGUCAGUGCCAAUCCAUUCAACACCCCACCAAGCUGCAGCUCUGGGGCAGAAAUGGCAUUCUCAUCAUCCAUGUUUCCAGGCCUUAGCCCUGAUGGAGGAGAAGAAAAAGGAAAGUAGAAAAGAAGUAAAAGAAUAAACAAGAUGGAGAAAAGAAAAGAUGGAGGGACUGCUGUGUUCCCUCAUGCAUGAUAACAGCCCAAGAACUGCAGCUACCUCCGGUGCAGUAUUGCCAGCCCCAGUUCCGGCCGCCAGGCGCUUCGGCUUCCAGUCAAGAAACAGUCAUCUGUGGCCUUUGGCAUUUCCAACUCGGCCAUCCUCACCGCAAGACACGGUCCUUUUCUCCCUUUCCUUCCUUGUCAGCCUCGUUUCCCUGAUGGACUUACGGACACUUAGCCUGACUUCCCCUCCUUUCCACCCUCGCCUGAAGCUGGGACUCCGACCUCAAAAGCGUAAAUGCUAAAACCAGACGAAUUGACGUGCGGAGGGGAGGGGUGUGUGGGAGUGUGUGUAAGCGGCGGUACUCGUGUGUGGAAUAAACCAACGCAGUCCGCCAGGGUAUGCAUCUUCCGGAACAUCAAUCCCGCGCUGCCGGGGGAGCCGGGAUCCGCUUCUCCGUGCGUCCCCCGGUGCAGCAGGUCCCCUUACGCAGCUCAGAAACCGCCAGCUUCACUCCGGACCCUCACCUUGCAGGCGCCCCGGCCCUCAAGAGCACAGUACCCCCGGCCCGGCGCGGUGGAACGGCCCGCGCGACGUCACCCAUUGUUUACAAAUCAACCCGAGCCGGCAGGAUUCCGGCUCCCCGGCUGCAGGCGGCGCGCACCGCGAGUACUCGCCACGCCGGCUCCCGCGUCCCUGGCGCCGGCCCCGGCCUCGCCGGGUGCGCGGCCGAGCUGCGCCCUACUGCGUGGCGGAGCUCCCCGCAGGCCCCAGCGCGCUGUCCCCACUGCCGCCUCCGCCCGGCCUCGAUGGACUUCCGGGAGCUGGCAAGCAAGGCGUCCCUCAGCCGUUGUCGGGUCCUUGCCGGCGAGGCUGGCUUCGCAGCGCUGCCGCGUCCCGCCGCCCGCAGCAGCGACGCGGAUCCCAGCUCGAAACCCACGCUGCCGACGACGACCCGCACCGGCUCCUGCAGCAGCUAGUGCUCUCCGGAAACCUCAUCAAAGAGGCGGUGCGCAGGCUGCACUCGCGACGGCUACAGUUACAUGCAAAGCUUCCCCAGGGCCCGUUCCUCGCGCCCCUGUCAGCCCCGGUGCAUGAGCCCCCCUCGCCCCGAAGCCCUCGCGCGGCCUGCGGUGACCCUGGCCACCCGGGAAGAGAGCGCAGCUCAGAACUGGGGACGGCGUUCUUGUCCCUGGCAGCUAACGCCGCCGAGUGACCACCGCGCCAACCUGUGACUAGAUAGCUGGGAGUUCCCAAGGCCUGCAGACAGGUGGAGAACUUGCACUUUUGGAAGCGGAAAAAAUCAGCUGAUGAGGACGGGGAACCAAGCAAAUCGAGAAUGUUUUCACGUGGGACUGAAGUCGAGGGUGGCCGAUCCAGAACUGGGUUACCCCUAUUUAAUACAGACUUUACAGAGCGCACCCCAAGCUCACAGUUAGUAGGACUCUUUAUUUGGCCCGAAUCGACUCGACCUGGCCGCACUGGACCCGACCAGCCAGCCUCUCCUCACCGGCCCGGUGACCACGUGGCCGUGGUCCACGCUGCUGAAGAUCGCCAAGCCAAGCGUCAGAACGGUGGAGGAUGGUCCCGGUUACUUGCUUUACCAGUUCAGGCUGGUUCCUGAUCUACUUUGGGAUAAGGGAGCAUGAGCAGACGAUAAUUUCAGGGAACACCCCAAUCUGCGAGACUUGAAAAUUUACGACACUUUAAAAAAAUCACCUCCAGUCUUUGGGGAUGUUUUAAUAUAGGACAUGCGGUACCACGAAAGUACUGUCCUAGGGUUGAAUAGGAGAAACCUUUUUCUCUGCCCCGUGUUUGCAACUGACUGGGGUUUUCAGAGUGCUGGGGAGGGAGAGCAGUGCCACGGGGGAGGGUGGGAGGCGGUGGCCAGGGGUGAGGGCUGGUGAGGCCCGGAGUGAACCCCUCGAUCCUCUCCAGUCUGUUUCCACAGCCCACCGCCCCUUCUUGGGUUCAAGGUCACCUUUUCCUGGCACGCACUGUGGGCUGCAGCAGGGACCCUAACCCUGUCCGCCGGUGCCUGGAGAAGAGCGCGUUGUUUUGCAAGUGCUGGAGUCUCUUGAGGAUGCUCGCGCUGCUGCCACCUUGAGUGGGGAGACGGAGAUGUGGCCUAAGCUUGUGCUUCUUGCGGGCGGCCACCGCCCCUGGCCGACCUCCAGGCCUUCACGGAAAAUAUCCAGAGAUGUGGCCCAGGUCCCUCUCGCUCAGCUCUCCUGCCCUACUCAAGUGGGUGAGCGCUGGAGAUUCGGGAUGGGGGGCGGGAGGCUAGGGAGGCGCCACGUGACGGUCACUCCAGGGACACAGCCUCUCACGGCAGCUUAUUAUGGGCUCUCCCCGGACGUUUGUAAUUCCCUGGAUAGGCAGAGUUGAUUUCCUUCCUCGGCCCCUCCCCCAGCCGUGCCAGCUCUCCUUUGUAAGUGAAGGAAACCGAGUAGAAAAUGUGACCCUCCAAACGGAGAAGCUGCAGGCUUUACCAUUGUGAACAUGGUGAAGUGCUUGGAACAUUGUUCACUCACUCUGAGGGUGCUAAGACCGUUUUGUUUAGUUUUAUAGUCAAUGGCUUGUUCAGCAUCCAGAUGAGGCUGUUGACAUAUCUACACUUCGCACCGGAGUGUCUGGAAUUAUGGCUAUCCUGAUUAUAGGAUUUUAACUUAACUGAAAUACCUGGUUCGAAUAAAUAUGUUGGGUUUUU